AUGCAGUGCGUCGUGACCGGUGAUGGUGCUGUCGGUAAAACAUGUCUCCUCAUCUCAUACACCACCAAUGCUUUCCCCGGCGAGUAUAUCCCGACAGUGUUUGACAACUACACUGCCAGCGUCAUGGUCGAUGGCAAGCCCAUUAGCCUCGGUCUCUGGGAUACCGCCGGCCAGGAAGAUUACGAGCGACUUCGUCCGCUUUCCUACCCGCAGACAGACGUCUUUCUCAUUUGCUUCUCCGUCGUCAGCCCUCCUUCUUUUGACAAUGUCCGCGCCAAGUGGUACCCAGAAAUCGACCAUCACGCGCCUAACAUUCCUAUCAUCCUCGUCGGUACUAAACUCGAUCUCCGCGACGACGCCGCCACCCUCGACUCCCUGCGACAGAAGCGCAUGGAACCCGUGUCGUAUGAGCAGGCUCUCGUCUGUGCCAAGGAAAUUAGGGCCUACAAGUACCUCGAGUGCUCUGCUCUCACGCAAAGAAACCUCAAGAGCGUCUUUGACGAGGCGAUCCGCGCCGUCCUGAAUCCCCGCCCCCUGACCUCGAACAAGAAGAAGACAAAGUGCUCUAUUCUGUAA